AUGGCUGAACCAAUUCCAUUCGCUGUUACUUCAAAUCUCAUUCACAGGUUGGCCUCUGCAGAUUUUAUUGAAUUUGGAGAAGAGUAUGAUGUGAAGGAAGAUUUGGAAGAGCUUAAGAAGACAAUUGAAUCUAUCAAUGAUGUGCUCCUUGAUGCUGACCACAAACAAGAUCAAGUUCGCGUGCGUAAUUGGAUAAUGCACUUCAAGGAAGUACUUCAUUGCGCAGAUGACUUGUUGGAUGACCUUGCUAUCGAAUUUAUGCGACACAAAUUGGAUGUAGGACAUGGAAAACAAGUAAACAAGGUACUUUAUUCCUUUUCAUCUUCAAAUCGAAUUGAUUUUCCCAUUCAAAUGGCUGAAGAAAUUAGAAGAACACAAGAAAGUUUUGAUGCUGUGGUAAGAGGCAUGUAUAAUUUGAAUCUAUGUCCAAGAUCUAUAGUGGUCAAGCAAACUGACAUUGGAUGGAGGGAAACAUGUUCUUUUACGUUAGAAUCUGAUAUCAUUGGAAGAGAUGACAGUAAAAAGGAGAUUAUUAGUCUGUUGAGACAACCUCAUGAAAACCAAAAAGCUUCCGUGAUUGCCAUCGUUGGCCUCGGUGGCUUGGGGAAGACAACUCUUGCUCAAUUGGUGUAUAAUGACUUGGAAGUGCAGAUUUUAUUUGAAAUGCAAAUGUGGGUGUGUGUCUCUGAUAACUUUGAUGUGAAAACUAUUCUGAAGAAAAUAUUAGAAUCAAUUACGGGCGACCAAGUUGAAGUAUCAUUAGGCAACUUGCAAAGAAAACUUCAUGAAAAAAUAAGUGGUAAGAAAUAUUUGUUGGUACUGGAUGACAUUUGGAAUGAGAGACAUGACAAAUGGGUUGAAUUGAGAAAGUACUUGAUGUGUGGCGCUCAAGACAGUAAGAUUUUAGUGACUACUCGAAGUGAAAAUGUAGCAAAGGCAAUGACUGCCAGCGUUUCCUAUUCCUUAAAAGGUUUGACUGAUGGAGAAUCUUGGUGUUUAUUGAAGAAUAUUGCAUUUGAAGAUGAUUCCAAAGGAGUGAAUCAAUAUCUAGAAUCAAUGGGCAAAGAAAUAGCCAAAAAAUGUAAAGGGGUUCCACUGGCAGUUAAAACCUUGGGAGGCCUGUUACGAGGACAAAACGAAGAAAGUGAUUGGGAGAAUGUUUUACGUGGUGACUUCUGGAAAUUAUGUGAAGAGCAAGAUAGUAUCAUGCCAAUUCUAAAACUCAGUUACCGCAACUUGUCGCCCGAAAUGAGACAAUGUUUUGCUUAUUGCUCUUUGUAUCCCAAGGAUUCAAGAAUUUCAAAGAAUGUGUUGAUUCAGUUAUGGAUGGCACAGGGUUACCUUAAAUGUUCAGUCGAAAAACAGCACAUGGAGGAUGUCGGUAUUCAAUUUGUAAAGAUGUUUUUGAUGAACUCAUUUUUUCAAGAUGCAGAAAAUGACGAAUACGGUGAGAUCAUUAGUUUCAAAAUGCAUGAUUUAAUGCAUGAUCUUGCAAUGCUUGUUGCUGGCAAUGAUUAUUGUUACUUGAAUAGUAAGGCAAAAAAAGUUGAAGGUAGACCCAUGCACGUGUCAUUGGAAUCUGAUGAGACCAUUCAUUUGUUGAAAUCAUUAGAUCAGAGCAGGCUGCGAACUUUGAUUUUGCCGUAUUACUUCGAAGAGGAGGGAUAUUUGUCCGUUAUUGCAAAGUUCAAAUACUUACGUGUCUUGAGGAUGCAUCAUCUCUCUGAUUCCACUGAACAUUUGAAGCAUUCUUACCUUGAUUUAACGCAACAAACAAGUCUUCCCAAAUCCAUGAGCAAUCUUGUUUUCCUACAAACAUUAAAAUUGAAGAAGUGCGAUGAAGAAUCAUUUUCAGUUGGGUUGGGAAAAUUAUGCUCUUUGCAAUUCUUAUCGACCUUUGUUGUGGGAGACCGUCAAGAGAUAAAAUAUGCCACGUUAAAUGAACUGAAGGACUUAAACCUAAUAAGAGGCAAAUUAAAAAUUCAGUGUCUCAAUCGUGUCAGAGAAGUGGCUCUGGAAUCUCAGGACGUAAACUUAAAAGAAAAAAUUUUCCUUCGAUCCUUGAUUCUAGAUUGGCGUGCUUUUCCCAAAUUGGCUCUCUCUCUCCUCACAAAUGUUGUUCACAUCCGUCUCUAUAAGCUUCUUAAUUGUGGCUGUCUCCCUCCGUUGGAACGUCUCCCGUCCCUGGAGUCACUUGUGAUACAGUAUCCCUGUGAAUUGGAAUACAUAUAUCUCUACGAAGAUGGUUUUGCAGUAACCUUCUUCCCCUCUUUGGAGAGACUCUCAUUAUUUGGUUGUCCCAAGCUCAGGGGAUGGCGGAAGCGGGGAGAUGAUAUCAAUGAUUCACAUAAUCUCUCCUCGUCUCUUUCAUUUCCUCGUCUUUCUCGUCUAAAUGUCACUGACUGUCCACAGUUGACUUGGAUGCCUACUUUUCCGAACGUUGAGUAUUUAGAAUGGUUUCGUAGCAGUGUGGAGCCAUUAACAGCAACACUAAACUCAACAUGUUCAGCCGACUCAUCUUUCUCCGCUGCUCCUCUUUCCAUGCUCAAAAAAUUGACAAUGUCUGAUCCUAUGAAUUUACCUAAAGGUUGGAUGCAAAAUCUGAUUUCUCUCCAGUGUCUUCAAAUUCAAUGGUAUGACAGCGAAACACUCAAUGAAUUUGAAACUGGGUUUAAGGACGACACCAACUGCCUUCCUUCUCUGCGACAAAUCAGCAUAAUUAGGUGUGAAAGGCUAGAGGCUUUGCCAGAUUGGAUUUGCAACCUCUCAUCGCUUCAGCACAUGGAGAUCUCACUCUGCCCAAAAUUGGCAUCGCUCUCCGAAGGAAUGAGUGGUCUUACCAACUUAAAGAUCAUUGAGGUUGAUAAUUGUUCCCUCUUAAGUAAAGAGUGUCGAAUAGAGACAAGUGCUGUUAGUCGCCAAAUCUCACACAUUCCACAAAUAAUCCUUCGUGAUUACUGA